CGUUUAAGGAAGGUCGCGCUGUUUCGCAUCCCCGCAGAAAUUUUUGCCGCUUAUUGCUUAUUAAUGUAAAUCCGGUGAAUUAUAUAUAUACUACUAUAUAUUACACAUAUAUAACCUCUCUCUUACCGCAAUCAAGAAAUAGAAAAAGUAAAUAUUUACUAUUCUAACCGGGAGGAAGAACUGGCCACAGCAAAGACGCGUGAAAAUCGAAAAACGCUUAAAGUGUCUGCCGCCGAGGAAAACACACCAAGUCGCGUUAAGCUGCGGAAAAGAAGAAAAUCCGGAAAAUCUUUGCUUCGAAGAAACCGUUUCGAGUAGUUUAUCGUCAAAGUCACAAGCAGGAGAAGAAAAACGGAAAGGCCGAUUCGUGACGAAGCCGAAAAAGUUCAGUGUGUUGUCUCCAACCAGCGGAAAAGAGGAAACAAAAUAAACGCUCCAUCUUUGCCCAAAAAGGAAAGAAAAAACGCCGGAAAAAGCGAUCACGAUUUUUGCGCAAAGUUUGUGAAGAAGCCGCUUAGUCGAUUCCAUUUAUUUGUUUCCCUUCCUCGUAAUCUGAGUAAUCCGAGUAUUUUUGUUUAGCUUCCGUUUAUCUACGAGACAGCGUGUAGCUUUGCGCGUAUCAAUAAAAGUGACACACAUUUAGAAGCACAGACAAACGAACCUGCCUAAGUGGAACCGAUAGAUACACAGAAGCAUAGUUCGCGAUCGCUUGCACUGGACACCGCCAACUGUUCGUGUGAUCGUCGUUCCCAGCAAUCACCAGCUCCGUCGUCUUCAUGCCACAUGAGAAUUUCUACGACAAGUAGAAGGUCGAAAAGGUUGAAGACGGGUAAUAAAAAAAAUUAUAAUAAGCAAUUUACGGGAGACACGGCCGACCGUUAGAAAACCGAAUCGGACUCCUCCAACGACGCGAAAAGAAAGCUCGAAUUCGCGACUAACAGUGGAUUGUCCUCUUAGUUUUCCUCUACAGGGCCGUAUAACUCAGUUCAAGAAAAAAAUAAGAAGUGUUGAUAACGAGUGUUGGUUUGUCGAGGAAGAAGUAAUCAGAAGAAGAGUGUUUCCCAUUUUCGACAACGAGUGAAUAAAAAUUCUCAUGAAAAUUCAUCAAAAGUAACGAAAGUUAGCCAAAGCCGUAAAAAAAUUCGACCAGUCGUAAAGCGGCAGCGAAGCGCGAGUAGCAGCAGAAGAAAAAUCAUCGCCCCUCUCUGUUUCGGCCGGGUUCGCUUUGGCAGCGCGGAAGAAUCAGUGUGUGAAAAAUUAUUCCAAUCAAUUUCCCGAGAAAAUCGUAAAUAUUUUAAAGAGGCAUCCGCGAUCCGCCGCGUAGAAAGUGUGACGACGCCGAGGUUGGGUGCCGAAAAAAAAAUUAUAUUAAAAGAGAAGGUAGUGGAAAGCGGAAGCAAUUGAUCGGCGGAAGCGGCUGUUAGCUCCAAAACGACACCACCGCCAACAAGCGUCAAAGAUCAGCGAAGGUAGAGAAUCGGUACGUGGAAUCAUCUCCCCCCCAUUGUCACCAGGUUGACCAGAUCCAUCCGAUCGGCAGCAGCAGCAGCACCAGUAGCAGCAGGAGAAAAUUACAGUGCGCGCACCUUUCUCACCCACCCCGGCUUAACGCGCUCUCCGUAGCAGCUUUCAAACCGCGCACCACCAACCGACGAGCAGCCCCCUUUCAGCGCUUUUCUCCACCUCCCAGCUAGACGCAUCCCGCCGCUUGCCAUCAUCCCCCCAAGAAAAGCAAAAGAAGAAAAAGAACGCCCCCUGAAUUCACACCACCGCCAUCACACCGAAGCUAAGUUGUGCUUUUGCUUUUUGCAUCUUCUGCAGCAGUAGCAGUAGCAGCAGCAGCCAGCCAGCCAGCCUUUCAUUCGGCAAGCUCAUCAAAUCCUAGAAACCGCCACAAAACUCGCAAGAGCAUCUGAUUUACCGCCCACCGCACACCACCCGUCUCUCUCGACCGGAUUCCGGCAGUGUGUAAGGACGAGUAAUUACGAGUUACAAGAAAGCAGCGGCAAAACUCUUCCCAAGGACAAUCAAAGCUUUCGUCCGCACCGAGCGAGAGAUAUCAGCGCUGCUGAGAAAAACGUGUAGCACAGGAAGCAAAUUAUCCUCCUCCUACGCGAAUGAAGGCGGACUACUACUGACGGAGUCGCCUGUCAGUCAGUCACUUACUCAUUCAGCGUAGUCAGUCGUGUAGCGAAGGAUACAGAGUGAAACCAAAAAACACGUCCGUUCCUGAGCAACUUGCGAGGGAAUUAAUUUUUUAAUCUUAGCGAAAGUGGAGAAGAAGAGCUGGAUACAGCAAGCAGUCGGUCGUGGAAGUACCUCUAGUCUUCGUUUUAAUUGCCAUAGGAAUUAGCUAGCGGAAAGCAAACAAAAAGCGACGAAAAGGCGAGACAGCACACUUCUCUGGAAACUGAUUCAUCUACAUCGACUUAUCUUGUGAUACAUUUCGGCGACGCAUUUGAGUCUCGAAGAACCGACGUGGCCCACACACUCCGCGUGUUCGGUGGAACUUCUACUUGUGCAUUUGUUAGAAAUCGUUGUCUCAGAGUAGCGCUUUCUUAGUGUUUAUUCGUGUCAGUAGUGAGUGUAGAGUUGUGUCCUCCCCAAAUCAUCCGUAGAACGAGACACGUGUUGUGAUUAACCCGCGAGGGAGAAACAGAAGAUAAGAUUACGCACCUGGUUCCUACUUCUCGGCACCAGAGAGACUAACUAACUAACGUCAGGCCUACAGUAGCGCAUAAACGAAGCAACUGAAAGCGCACACACACAAAACAGACAGAACACAAAGAAACAACAACAAAAAAGCUCCUUUCGAACCCAGUAGUUUAUGGCUGCCAUGAUGAACAUGACCAACCUACUGAACGGAAAGGAUAGCCGCUGGCUCCAGCUGGAGGUGUGCCGCGAAUACCAGCGGAACAAGUGCUCCCGCCCGGACACCGAGUGCAAGUUCGCCCAUCCGCCGGCCAACGUUGAAGUACAAAAUGGACGCGUCACCGCGUGUUACGACAGUAUUAAGCUGGAAUUACCAUAUCGAAGACCAAGGAAGGCCGCCCUUAAUGUAUGCAAUUCGGAAAUUGUUUGAAAACAGAAGAAAACGGAAACCCCGAAAUGACACAAAAAGGGAAGCACUUUGCCGACGCGACGCUGCCGGAGAAAGGGGUGAAGACAUUAUUCGACAUUUGUCCUCGGCUAUGAACCGGUGACAACUGCAGUAGCACAGCAGCAAUGCCAUGCGGCAAGACGGAAGUGGCGUGCCAAACACUGAUAAUGGAGUUCCGUAUUGGAAUCAAUUAGAUGUGAUUGACAAUUCAUUUGCGUUUUCUUUUUCGGGUUGUCACGGAAAGGCAAACGGAACGAAGAGGUUCUUUCCGAAAAUUUGCAUUAUUGUUUUAUUCUUUA